GUGGGAGAAGAAACUAGGGUUAAUGUCAAUAUAUGAAACGAAUCAUCAGCUGUUUUCGCAGAAUUUCUACUUGUUUUUUGACAGUUAUCGUCCGGGUUUCCGGGUACAAGAGAAUUGUUUGGUUGUGAGGCGUGAGGUGCCUGGUGUAAGGGAUUGAUGGUUUCAAGAAGAAAAAUGCACAUUUCAGUUUUCUUUUGGCCACUGUUUAUGUUGCUACUAUUGAGUCUCUAAAUUUGAACCCUUACUUUUUAUUAUUUUCAAUUACUUUUUCUUUUACAAUUUUAAUUUGAGCAGUUGCUGCAAUCAUGACAACCCAGGCAGACAAAAUUAUUGAUAUGUUGGAAUCAGGGGACAAGGAGGUGGUUAAAGAAGCAAAAAAGACUAUAUGGGACCUGUUUUCGAGAGUUCAAGAUCCAUGGUUGAUAAAUGGGCUUUAUGAUUACUAUUUGAGUACCAAUUCAGUGAGGUGCAUGGAGGUCCUCAUAACAUUGAAAGAGCCCCACCAGCAUUUUUUGUUUGAUAAAUUGUGUGAUUCAGUUACAAAUCCAAAAACCAACCUCAAAGUUAGAGUCCAAGCUUUUACAUUAUUAGGGCAUAUUGCAAGAAGCCAACCUACUUGGUUGCAGAAAUUACCUGAUCAUAGCCUUUUUAAGGAAAUUUUAAAAUAUUUAUUGAAAGAAACAGAGCUUUUACCACUGAUAAGUGCCCUAUUGUUAUUAAUAGUGCUACUACCUAUGUUUCCUUCCUCUAUUGGCAAACAUCUUGAAGAUAUUUUUGACAUUUUUAGUCGGUUGGCUGCAUGGAAUUCUCAUGUACCUGGAAAACUAGUAGAAGACCAAAUGAUCCACCUCCAAGUGGCCUUAUAUGCACUCUUUCUCAGGUUGUACGGCAUGUAUCCCGGAAAUUUUUUGUCUUAUUUGAGAAGUAAUUUUAAAGAUAGAAACAAUCCAGUGUUUUGUCAUACUAUUAAGCCUAUGAUGGAUACAGUUAAGAUGCAUCCUUCUCUUGUAACGACGUCUAAAGAAAAUGAAACAACAACUGAAAGGUGGAAAAAGAUGGGUGUUCAUGAUGUCAUUGUGGAAUGUGAACGUUUUAGUUUAGAUAUUACCGACAGAUGUCCUCACGAGACCUGUCAGAACACCACCGAAUUUCGAUCGAGAUCUGGUACCAUGAAUUCAACAGUAGGAAAUGUACCUAUGACUGAUGCUUCAUAUUAUCAUCAGCAGAAUAUUCGAAGUCUAGCUUCCUUACAAAUUUCCAGCCAUGAGGACACAUUUUUUUCACCGAGCCAGGUUUUUCCGGUUCAAAACGAGUCCUUGGGACUAACACAUCAUAGGCAUAUGCAUGUUAAGAGCUUAAUAGGCAGAGCCAGUUACCCGGUUAGUCAAGAAGGAUCUCCCCCUGAAGCGGCCAUAGAAGCAACCCCAGAAACAACGCCCAUAAGAGAUUUCAGCGCGACGCCAGUGAUGCCACUGGCGUCGAAAACAAGUGUCGCCCGCGCUUUGACAUCGUUCCGCUCAAACUCGAGCGGAUACAUAGUGAGCGGAACGCCCACCAACAGCGUGCCGUCUUCUCCUAUGCGUAAGGAACCAUCGCCGUUCAUCUUUCCCGUAGCGAGCAGCGCGGUAUUUAUGCCGAUAGCGCAGGGUAGCUCAUCACUGAGCCAGACUUUGGCUUAUAAACUGACGCAGGAGAGGCAAUACCCGCAGGUAUCUGAUUGCCAAACGUCCAAGCCGCCACCCUCCAGCCCGUUAAAGAUCAUGAACUCCGACUCCAAUCGGCAAAGGAUCGAGUCACCGGUUAGUCAGGAGGACGAGGAGGUUACCUCCAUAUCCGUGUCCGCAAACAAAACGGACACAAGUGUAAAGAAAAGAGUCUCUAGAUAUUGUGAUAGUGUUUUGCCUGAUUUUGAAGAUUCUGAUUGUAAAGACACAGAUGAUAUAGAGCAUGGAUCGCCGUGCGCUGCCGGUGGUUUGCAUAUGCCUAACUCGAAAUCGAUAAAUAACUUUAAAAAACGCAUAAGGCGUUUUAGGAAAGAUAGCCAGUGUAGCGCAGAACCCGAUUUAUCCGAUACAGUACAAAUGUCUACAGGAAGCAGUCCUGGUAAUGGUCUUCCUAUUGGAAACAACUCCACUGUGCGAAGAGCGAAAUCCUGUCCUGAUAUGAAGAAAACGCCUUAUAUAUUACCUAAGUCCAAACCGUUUUACGAAACCGAUGAAGAAACUGUAUCGGAAGAUCAGGGUUCUAAUCACUCGAAUGGAGUGGAAGGACGCAGUAGGCGACAGAAAUUUUCGGCUUUGAUGGAUUCUGCAACACAAACCGAAGUUUUCUGGCCGAUGCCUUACGAGCACCUGUUUCUAAACGUUUUUCCAUCCCUUAAGGAGGAAUCCCUAGAAGUCAAACCGAGUCCGGUUCCCAGCCCGGCUCCCGCCUUGAAUCAGGUGGUUGAAACGUAUAAACCUUCACUAUAUGACAUUCUAGACAAGUAUAUUGAAAAAAGUGUUGCUACGGGUGAUAGCAACACCUUAAGGGAGCAACUUCAGUUAUUACAUCAGCAGUUCUUGUUUGAGAGGCACCGUAGAGAGACGCAUGCCUAUAGAAAUAGAAGAUUGUUAUCAGACGCCAAGAGUACGAGAUUGUUGGAAGAAUGUAACUCGGCUUUGAGAGAUCAAGUGCAGUUGGAACAAAAGGAAAUUGACGACUUACGAAAGCAGCUUGAGGAUGAUCGAAAACAAUCGCUGACGUUUCAGAAAGAGUUAACUAAUACUGUAGAUUACUUGCAGGAUAAGUGUAAAAAAUUGACUGAUGAGAAUGCGAGGUUAAAAGAUUUAAAUAAGAACUUGGAGUUAGACUUGACGAGCUAUCAAUCUAAGUGCUGUUCUAUAGACAAAGAAAGGCAAGAAGCGCAGGCUACCCUUUUGGAUGCUUUAGCUGAAGGAAAGAUUGCAAAAGAGCAAGCUCUAGCUGGAGAAAAAGUAAAACAGGAACUGCAACGUGUAAAUAGAGAACUUCUACUUAUGGGAGAACUCCAUAUAAAAUACCUGGAACAGCUUGAUCAAUUGCCAUCUAUAGGACAAUAUGAAGAAUCUUGUAAACGAAUUGCUGACGCCUAUAAGGAGGAAGUUAAGACGUUGCAACAUCUGGUAGAAGCGAAAUCAUCGACAUUAGAAGCCUAUCGAUCGCGGAUUUUUGAACUGGAACACUCCUUGACUGCUAAGGAGGAAAUCAUUGCUAGUCAGAAACGUACUUUGACUGCGGUUAAUGAAGAAAAAGAAUCAGUUUUAGCGGCCGUAAAUAGUAAGUACCGAACUCAGCUGACCAUUAACCACGUUCUCGAAGGAAGCAUGUUAGAGCUGCGUCAAAAAAUAGAGGCGGAAAUUGCACGUAGGCGAACCCACUCUCCUGACACCUCGAGUUGUCACGAGGUCCACGCCUCACUGACGACAGGUGCGGGGGGGUUAAGUCCACAACAUUCUUCACCUUUGUCUGCGUCACUGGCGUCCUCUGAAGAUAUGCAGCCUGAGGCAAGGCAUGUGCAGAUGUAUAUGGACCAAGAGGGAAGCUCGAGGGCUUAUUCAGACGAGCCGGGGCACACUGGAUAAACUGACUGAUAUUUUUCACUAUUAUUAUUACGCAGACGUUAUUAUAGUUAAUAUGAUUUAGUAUUGUAAGCAUAAAACCAUAGACAGUAAGUAAAGACAAAGGAUCUUAAGUACUUUUAUACAAACCUAGGAGAUCUAAGAUUGUCACACGUUUAGUUGAAGAGGCUAUUGUUUACUUGUACCAAAGCAGUUGAAUAUAGCAAUUUAAUAAACUUAACACCACGUGUUAAUCAAGUUUACUAAAUUCUUACAGUUUAUUGUUUGACAUUCUGUAGGAGGCUCGCCCUUUAUGUUUGGCAGUUGAAGCAAAAUUUUUCUUUAUUGACAUACAGCAUAACUAUUAGAAGUUGACGAGAUUUAAGUGUUACUGCGACUAUAUUAUAUGUUGUUAAUCAAAAUAAUUCAAAACCGAUUUUUAUUAAAUGUGUUUAAAAUA